CUAGCAUUGUUCACCCUGCAUCUUCUUGACCACUCAAUAGGCCACUAAGGUGUCCCAUCUCGUUUCCUUUGGUAUGCAAUUAGGCUCUUUUGCUCAAUUAGGAUACACACUGCGCUGGAGAUAUGGAGAUCAACUUCCAAGAUAGCCCACCGCAAGCCACCGUCAUCCUGAAUGGAACACGGCCACCCAGAAUAGGCCUCGUUCCUUGUAUAGCAACAAAAGAAACUACUCAGGCCAUGACAGCGAGGUUACAUAGCCCCCUUUAGGCGGACAGCGACAUUGGUAAAGGUGCUCUCUCACCAUCAGAUUCAGCUUCAACUACCAGUUCUGAGGCAUCGAAAAAGCUAUAUAAGGAGGCAUCGAUCCCGUCAAUAUUCUCAUUUCUUUCAUCAUCAUCAACUCACUCUUCUCUCUACAGUCCAAUUCAGAUUUCAAAUCUUCCCCAACCAACUUUCCAACAAUCAAAAUGAAGGCCGCUACCGUUCUCUCUGCCCUUGCCAUCACCACUGGUGCUGCUGCUGCCGGUGUCAAUUGUGCGGGCGAGCCAUACGCCCCUAUUGGCAACAUCAAGAACUGCAUCAAGUACCUCAAGGAUAAGGGUACCGCUCAGUGCAAGGUUGGCGGUGGUAACGGUGGUUUCUGCAAGGAUGGAUCUGCUGUUAUCCUCGGCCACGGUACCACGCAGACUAACUGCCAAAAUGUUGCCGCUGCCGCUGAGGCCAUUCUCGGAAAGUGCACCACCAGCAAUGGCUAUGCUGGAGGACGCUCCACCAUCGGUGGAAACGACAGCGUCUACAUCACUGUCAAGAAGGCAUAGAUUUCUUGGAUUUCUACAAAUACUUAGAAACUCCGGGGAAUUGGAGAUCUAGAUCUAGAGCCAUGGUUUUGUCGGAAGGAGAUUGCUAGCAAUGGUUGUGGUUGGACUGUCAUUCUCUUGAUAGGGUACUUGCAAGACGCCUAGAAUGUUAUUGUUAUUUGUGCUUUAUUUCUGUGCCACACAAAGUAGUUCGUAAAUGCAUC